UGAAAAGCAAGGUGAAGUCGGAAUGGGACCGAUCAUACUCUCCGCGAAUGAUCACGAGCGCAUAGUGAAAUGCGUGGAAGCGACGCGCAUUUCCGCGUCGAACCCUCACAAAUCGGAGCGCAAGCUUCUCAAAUCCCUCAGCGACGAAAGAGCUGCGCGGUGGCCAAACACGCUCGAGGCGCAACGCUCGUACAAAAUCACAGAGGAAGUCGCGAAGAAAGAAUUCGAGGAGAGUUCACGCGUUGCAUUAGAUGAAAGCGAAGCAAAGCGAAGGGCUGAGGACCGGAGGCUCCAAAUUGGACGCGCGAAUAAGAUGCUGUAUGACUCCACAGACAGAGUCAAAUCGUUCCACUCCUCGCUAUUACUCUCGGAUGUCCUCAAAGAAAGGGAGAAACAGAUUGAAUACAAAGAACUGUGUGAGACAUUGAAAGCGAAGAGAGAUGCGGUUUUCAUCAAAGAGCAAACGAUAGCACGCGAACUCGCAGAGCACGCUGAAGCAAAGAAGACAAACGAGCGAAAGCAAGCAGCAUAUGCACAGAAGAACGCACAACUUCACCAGCUCGAACAGAUUAAACGUGACCUUCUGAAUAAAAAAGAAGCUGUGCUGAUUGAGGGUGAGAUGAUCAAACGAAUUGCGCUUGAAAGGGAGGUUGAGGCAAAAAUGAAAGAGGCGAACAGAAGCAUGGCUGCAAUUACGGUAAAUAACGCGACUGCGCGCGCAAACCAAGCUUUGGAUAUGUACAAGGCUGAACAACGAGAUGAUGAGUUCGAGCUGGAUGCACAGAUAGAUCAGUUUGCGCUUCAGAAGAGACGCGUGAACGAAGCCCGAUCAGCGAGGGAAGACGCAAAGCGCAAGGAAGCACAGGGAAGGAGGGACAAGAUGGUCACCUUGAUGGAAGCAGACUUAGCUAGUCGCCGUGCAACGAUGAUACGAUAUGCAACGAAAGGGGUGGAGGACAAAGUCGCGGCGGACGCUGUGAAUGAACAUGAACAAAAACAGGAAAGAGAGGAGUCACUGCGGAUAAUUGAUCGUUCGCGGACGCAGCAACUUAUGAUCCGAGCGGCAGAGAAGGCAAGAGCAGCGAAGGACGACGCUUCGUUUGUUCGGCAGUGGAAACUUCGGAACGACAAGCUGCAACGGGAGGAGGAGGAGGAGAAAUUGGAAGUUAUGACGCGCGCAAAGAUGCUACAAAAUGCUCACCUCAAACAGAUAGGCAGAAAGGUACGCCAGGCAGUUGCGGCAAGGGAGCAAGAGCUUUUCGAUUUCAAGAACACGAAGCGCGUGGCGAUGGAAGACGAUGAAAUGUUCAAGCACUACACGAACGCGUGUAUGGAUGAAUGGGCGUAUCAGAAAAAAGAUUUAAGGCCUAUGCUCAUGGAGCUUACGAAGCAGCGUGAUAAGGUGUCAUGAGUGGUGAUAUUUGAGAUUGGAAACGGACUUGAGAGAAAGUACGUA